ACGCGCAGCUCGCUGCUUAGCGGAGUCACAGCCGUGAAAGUGGCGGAGGCGGACAUUGUUGUGGUAACAGUCCAUCUCCGGAGGAUGAGCACAGAUGAUGAUGUACAUAUUUUGAGCGGUGAGCUUUGUUUGUUAUUUAUUUUUUUAAUCUAAACAAUGAACCUUUUUUAAAGAAAAAGGGGGGUAAAGCUGCUGCGCCGUGCGGACUCCUGCAGCCACCGGAGUUCAUUCAGCCGAGGCGAGACAAGCACAGCCCGAUGAGACGAUGCCAGCGGUGUAGAAAUCACAACAUCUGCAGGGUGUGCUGGGUUAAGCCUCCGUGGACUCACCGGGCCUUUGUCCAGAAAAGCCCACGGAGCGGCUGUUGUCUUCAAAAAAACUGCGCGGGGAGGAGAAAUAAGGGCUGCUGUGCUCCCGGAGGCCUUUGGAGAAAGCAGCCUGCUGCUGAGAGGAUGACAGAUUGACAUUAAUAGGGGCUUGCGGUGCGUUUUUCACACACGACCUCAUUAAGGCGUUAUCCACGGAGAACAGCACAAAAAAGGGACUGAAGUCACAGCCUCGGAGAUAAAGACAAUCUAAAUAAAGACACCACAUGUUUCUGCCUUGAUUUUACCUCCGGUGAUCAAAUACAUGACAUCUGGAUUACAGCGGAUGCAUGUGUUGAGCAUUAAAUAUAGCCACAUCUCAGCGCUUUUAAUAGAUUCUCAGGUACCCAUAGGUGUCGUUUUUUACUGAAAGAAGAAAAAAUGGGUAGCGAAGGUGAGAUAAUAAACAGAGAACUGUCAAAGAUGUCUGACGAGGACUUGCUGGCGUGCUCCAAAGAGGAGCUGGUGAGCCGGUUGCGUAAAGAGGAGUCAGAGAAAAUAUCGGCUCUGAUCCAGCGCGGUCGGCUUAUCAAAGAGGUAAAUAAACAGCUGCAGGGACACCUCCUCGAAAUCAGGGAACUGAAAGUCAUCAAUCAGCGCCUGCAGGAGGAGAACACGGAGCUGCGGGACCUGUGCUGCUUCCUAGACGACGACCGGCUCAAAGUGAAGAAGCUGGCCCGGGAAUGGCAGCUGUUCGGGCAUCACGCGGCCAAAGUGAUGCGGGAGGACCUGGGCGGGUACUUGAAAAAGCUCGCUGACCUGGAGCGCAUGCAGGACGGGCUGGUGAAGGAGAAUCUGGACCUGAAGGAGCUGUGCCUGGUCCUGGAAGAGGAGUGUGUGAGCAGGAGUGACUCCAGUCCAGGAGGUUCCACCGAGCUGAAUCUGCCCUGCAUGGUGGCCCGGGACCUGGGAGAUGGGAGCUCAAGCACAGGCAGCGUGGGAAGCCCAGACCAGCUUCACCUGGUGUGCUCACCUGAUGACUGAUGGCAGGUGUGUGUCAGCAGCUGAGGACUGGAGGGAGACAAAGGUGCUCUGUCAGAUAGUACAAAUUAAUCUGGAGGAUUAAAAAAAAAAAAAAAGCAUUAGGGCUUUCUGAAUGCUGCAAAGAUUUGUGUGCCACUAGACUUGAGACUCUUUCCACAUUUCAGGACUUUACAAAGACAUUUAUUAGAUGUUUGCCAGAUGAUAACAUGUCUAAAUUUUACAGUGUUUUUUCUAAAGAUUCUCCUGAAAAUUCUCCUUUUUCAGUAGUCUGCUGUUGAGAAAAAAAUGGGACCAAAAAAGUGGGUCACAUAUAUAAAUUUAUCUCAUGCACUGGAUUAGCCUACACUGGUAGAAGCCUUUUUCUCAAUUGCACUGGACAGCAUUAUCUUGGAUCUUGAAAACACAGAUCUAAAGAUUCAUUUCAAUCCAGUUUCGAGCCAUAUUUAGUCCUCUGAAUUCCAAUAGCACUGAAACAAAGGAAACUAUUUGAUAAUUGCUUUUUUUGCUAAUGACGUGUAAUAUUUUAUGCACUCUCGCUUCCUCAGGACAGGAUUGGAGUGCCAUGUGUGCAUGAUGAUUGUCACCAUUUGUAACAAAGCCUGUGAAGCAGCCUGACGUGAAGGCCCUUUAGGUUUCCUGAGGGGUGGGGCUGCUGAGAAUAAUGUAACACGUGCAGACCUACACACUCACUUUGGAUCAGGCAUGGUAGAUGUUGUUGGACCUCACGCAGAGCUGAACUGAAAAAAAAAGUUCUGUCACUAUUUUUAAAAUUCAACUGGAAAACUCUUUGUAUCAAACUGGAAGGUCUACGAGUUUUGGUUGAUUUUUAUUCUGUUUAAGCCGAGCUGUUUAAAUUCUUUUUUUUCUUCUUUUCUUUGUUUUUUUUAAUGAAGUUGUUGCUGAAUUAUCAUAAGAUUUGUUAGCUUCUUCUUCUGUAGCUCAUGCUUUGUAUUUAAUCUGUAACAUUAGGAGCAAGCUUAACUUCAACCCUUCUUUAAUCUUGAUUUGUCUGUAUUAACUAGCUUUACUAACCAGUUUCAAUUUAAACCAUAGCACCUGGAUUACAAGAGGUUUAUUUUGUUGUUAGCUGUUUAUUGGUGGGCUAUGCUCGUAGUGCACUGAAAAGCUUUAAAUACAGUGGCUAUGACACUC